ACACUCUUAGGAAAGUUAGAGGCCAAUUAGCUCAACAACAAAAGAAGUUUUCCAUAUUAUCUGAUCAUUUUCCUUGCAAUUUAACCCACCAACAAAAAAAAUUCAAUCUGCCUCUUCAAAUUCUUUGUAUAUUUUUUUUUUUGGAAAAAAGAAAAAAAAUCAGAGUGUUUCCAGAAAAUAAUUUCAACGCCAUCAAAGCUCUGUUUCUGCUCAACUUUGCUCUCUAUAGUAGAAUUUUUUUUUUUUCGAAAAAAAAAAUUUUCAGUUCUGAAGAUUGUAUUUUUUCUGUAAAAGCUGUUCGUUUGCAAUCUUUGAACACUUGAGAAAGCUUCUCUAGCUGCGGAAUUUAGGUUUUAAAAUUUUUUAGCUAGUUUUUUUUUGUCUGGGUUUUGGAGCUGAAGUGGGCUUUUGAGUGUGUUUUUGGAUUUAAUUAAUUAAAUUCUUUUUGGGAGGGAGGCUUUUGGGUGUCUGGGUUGUGAGGAAAGGAAUGGGUUUUUGAUGAGAAGCGGAAAUUUUUAGGGUUCAUGCAUGGAAGGAAGAGAGGGUGCAAGUGGUGCUGGUGGUGGGGCAGUUACAGUGGUAGGAUCAGAUGCUCCGUCGGAAUACCAUGUGGCAGCUCGGACAGAAAAUCCUAGUCCAGUGGCCGGAUCAUCGCCGGCGGUGACACCUGCAGUGGCCGUGCCUCAACCUGCUCCGGCACCGGCGCCGGCGCCCGUGCCGGCGGCAGCGGUAGCGAUGAUGCCGGCUAAGAAGAAGAGGGGUAGACCAAGGAAAUACGGACCAGACGGGACGGUGACGAUGGCUCUGUCACCAAAGCCGAUAUCUUCUUCGGCUCCUGGACCGCCGGUGAUCGACUUCUCAGUGGAGAAGCGUGGAAAAAUACGGCCGGUGGGUUCAGCGAGCAAAAGUAAGAUGGAGCUGGAGAAUUUAGGUGAAUGGGUUGCAUGCUCUGUUGGUGCUAAUUUCACACCUCAUAUCAUCACCGUUAAUUCUGGCGAGGACGUUACCAUGAAGAUUAUAUCAUUUUCUCAACAAGGGCCUCGAGCAAUAUGCAUUCUCUCUGCAAAUGGAGUGAUUUCUAGUGUCACACUUCGUCAGCCUGAUUCUUCAGGGGGUACCUUGACAUAUGAGGGUCGCUUUGAGAUACUCUCCUUGUCAGGAUCAUUCAUGCCUAGCGAUAGUGGAGGAACAAGGAGCAGAUCUGGUGGGAUGAGCGUUUCUCUAGCAAGUCCAGAUGGGCGUGUUGUAGGGGGAGGUGUCGCUGGUCUGUUAGUAGCUGCCAGUCCUGUGCAAGUUGUGGUGGGCAGCUUUCUAACAGGGAACCAGCAUGAGCAGAAACCCAAGAAACAGAAAAUUGAGCCUAUAUCAGCUGCCAGACCAACUGCAGCAGUUCCUAUUUCUAGUUUAGAGAUGGAGGAGCCCUUUGGUGGACAUGGGCAGCGCCCUUCAGCUACCCCAAAACCAAAUCUCUCAUCCUCCACUUCAUUCCGUGGAGACAACUGGUCUCCAUUGCCAUCAGAUUCAAGGAAUAAGGCAACUGACAUUAAUGUAUCUUUGCCUGGAGGUUAAGCUAGAGAGGGGCUCACCUGAUUGUGCAAUAUGAGGUUUGUCACUGACCACAUUGGCAACCAAAGUCCACCUUUAAUCUCACUUCCCACUUGUUUGAAUUAUCUGUAAACUUCAUUGGCUCUUUAUUAGCACUGGCAUGUUGUUUUCCAACCACGGUUUUCCCCUUCUUUUCCAGGUAGGACCUUUUUUUUCCCCUGAAAAUUAGUUGGCUGAUUCGGUAGGCUUACGCCGAUCUUCGGUCCUUUUUUCCUUUUUUUUCCUUUUUCAUUUGGAGUAUUUCGAUGUACUAUUCUCUCAUGGAGUUUUACCGAGUGAUGUAUUGUGAUUUAUGUUUCUAACAUUUUCAAAUUUUCUCUUUGGCUCCA